AUGACCAUGAAUACUAAUCAAUCGCGGCGACGUAUGGCUCAAAAUUAUCUAUUAGUUUGGGUCGAUGCCAACGUCGAUGAUCAAGACAAAGACUGGCAAAACACUUUAGCUCACUUACGAACCAUUGUAAACUAUGUCAAUUUGUAUACUCAACCGGAUGAUUGUGUUCAAUUCCUCAACAGCAUCGGUGAUCAGAAGGCUUUCGUCAUCACAGCGGGAUACUUAGGUCGACACUUGGUUCCCGAUAUUCAUGGCAUUCCACAAGUGAAUACCAUCUACAUCUUCUGUGGUAACAAGUCCAGACAUGAAACCUGGACCAAGAAAUGGACAAAAAUUAAGGGUGUCCAUACGAAUAUCAAGGAAAUUUGUGAGGCACUGACCACAGGUGUCAAACAGCACAAUCAAGACUCUAUCGCCAUGAGUUUUGUCACGGCAAGAGAGGGUGCUUUCAAGGAGAAUCUCGAUCAACUAGAACCAAGUUUCAUGUACACGCAAAUAUUCAAGAACAUUCUUCUAGAAAUGGAACACGACAAACAAACUAUCACAGACUUAGCAGAGUAUUGUCGUAAACUUUAUAGUGGAAAUAUAAAUGAAGAAAAUACUAUCAAAGAAUUCGAACGUGAUUAUCGUCCAGACAAGGCCAUCUGGUGGUAUACACGUGAGUGUUUUACCUACCAAAUGCUCAAUCGAGCACUUCGCACUCUGGAUGGUGAAGUCAUCAUUAACAUGGGUUUCUUCCUUCAUGACUUACACAAACAAAUAAAACAGCUCCACCAACAACAGGUCAGUAGUUACCAAGGAAAACCCUUCCCAGUCUACCGCGGACAAGGGCUACUUAAGGAAGACUUUUAUAAGUUAUCAACAACUGCGGGUGGUCUUCUAGCUUUCAACAACUUUUUAUCUACCAGUACCGAAAAAAAGAGAUCUCUUGACUUCACUUAUCUCACUCUGGAUGAUCCCGAAAAGGUAGGCAUUCUAUUUGUAAUCACAGUUGAUCCAAAUAUUUCUUCAACUCCGUUCGCCUCGAUUGGAGAUUUCAGUUAUUUCAAAGACGAAGCAGAGAUUCUUUUCUCGAUGCACAGUGUGUUUCGAGUUGGUACAAUUCGACAAGCAGGUGACAAGAAUCAAAUCUAUUACCAGGUGCAACUUCAGCUGACAGCUGAUGACGAUCCACAACUUCGAGCACUUACCGAACGUGUCGAAGGUGAAAUUGAAGGUGAUACAGGCUGGCAGCGUUUGGGUAACUUAUUGCUGAGAAUAGGACAGAUGGAGAAAGCCGAAGAUCUAUACACUGUGUUACUGAAACAAACGUCUGACGAGAGCGACACAGCACUUUAUUAUCACAAUCUUGGUUAUCUGAAAAAUCAACAAGGUGAUUACAAGACGGCUGUAGAAUACUAUGAAAGGGUACUUGAGAUUCGACAGAAGACUCUUCCUUCGAAUCAUCAUUUGUUGGCUACUUCGUACAACAACAUCGGUGGCGUGUAUGACAACAUGGGAGACUAUUCGAAAGCGCUCACAUUCUAUAAAAAAACACUUGAAAUCGAAGAGAAAACUCUUCCUUCGAAUCAUCCUCAUUUGGCUACUUCGUACAACAAUCUCGGUGCGGUGUGUUACAGCAUGGGAGAAUAUUCGAAAGCACUCACAUUCUAUGAGCAGGCACUUGAAAUUCGACAGAAGGCUCUUCCUUCGAAUCAUCCUGAUUUCGCUCAAUCGUAUAACAACAUCGGUUUGGUGUACAUGAACAUCGGAGAAUAUUCGAAAGGACUCUCAUUCUAUGAGAAAGCACAUGAAAUUCGGCAGAAAGCUCUUCCUUCGAAUCAUCCUGAUUUGGCUACUUCCUACAACAACAUCGGUGGGAUCUAUGACAGCAUGGGAGAGUAUUCGAAAGCACUUUCAUUCUAUGAAAAAGCGCUUGAGAUCUGCGAAAAGACUCUUCCUUCGAAUCAUCCUCAUUUGGCUAGUUCAUACAACAACAUCGGUGCGGUGCACAAGAACAUGGAAGAGUAUUCGAAAGCAAUCACAUUCUAUGAGAAAGCACUUAAAAUCUACCAGAUAACGCUUCCUUCGAAUCAUCCUCAUUUGGCUACUUUGUACAACAACAUCGGUUUGGUGUGCAUGGACAUCGGAGAAUAUUCGAAAGCGCUAUCAUUCUAUGAAAAAACACUUGAAAUCGAGGAGGAAACUUAUCCUUCGAAUCAUCCUGAUUUGGCCAUUUCGUACAACAACAUCGGUGGGGUGUAUUACAACAUGGGAGACUAUUCGAAAGCACUCUCACUCUUUGAGAAAGCACUUGAAAUUCGACAGGAAAUUCUUCCUUCGAAUCAUCCUGAUUUGGCUACUUCCUACAACAACAUCGGUGGGAUCUAUGACAGCAUGGGAGAGUAUUCGAAAGCACUCUCAUUCUAUGAAAAAGCACUUGAGAUCUGCGAAAAGACUCUUCCUUCAAACCAUCCUCAUUUGGCUAGUUCAUACAGCAACAUCGGUGCGGUGCACAAGAACAUGGAAGAGUAUUCGAAAGCAAUCACAUUCCACGAGAAAGCACUUGAAAUUGAACAGAAAACUCUCUCUUCAAAUCAUCCUGAUCUGGCUACUUCCUACAACAACAUCGGUGCGGUGUACAAGAACAUGGGAGAAUAUUCGAAGGCACUCACCUAUUUUGAACGCGCUCUGAGCAUAUGGCAACGUGCAUUACGUGCGAAUCACCCGAAUAUAAAAGAUUCAGAAGAAAGUAUCGAAAUUUGUAAACGAGAAAUCAAGAAAUAA